AACGGCAGAGGAUUGGGAAUCUGAAUUGGCGCUUGCCCUUCAGCAAAUUUAGGGAGAGGGAGCCUACAGAUCGUCAUCCCCCACCUGUCCUUUCCUCUGCCAUAUCCUAUUUUUAUAACCCACCCACGAUUUCUACACACACACAUAAGAGAAACAAAAAGGAGAAAAAAAAGGAGAAUUUCGAAUUCUGAGGCAGCGGAGAAACUCCCAUUGUUUUGUUCUCCAGCCCCCAUCAUGCCUUCAGGUGCUAAGAAGAGAAAAGCUGCCAAGAAAAAGAAGGAAUUGGGAGCUCACAUCAACCCCUCCUCCAACACUUCUCAAGGAAAUGAUGAUGUUAAGAGCCAAGAUGAUAAGGGAAGUGACAGUGGUGAGCUCGAUUCCCCAGCUUCUCAGAAUCACCCAAGCCACAGCAAUCCAUUUGGUGAGGGGAAUAAGGAAAUACAAGAGAGCAGCUCAUCUAGUUCUAGGGUUCUGAGCAAUAUAGAGACUAAUCAAAAAGUAGGACUUGCUUCUGAGAGCAAAAAUGGUACUGUUCAGAAUGAGUCUGUUGAAGGAUCAUGUGCUAAUGAUCGUAGUAGUAGUAGCAGUUCAGACGAUGAAUCUGUAGAUACAACAAAGAAUUCUGAGGUACUGGAUGGGAAGACCAAUGAUUUGGUUGUACCAACUGCUGCCUCUAUUGUGUACUCGGUUACACCAGAGGUCUCGGCAUCUGAGGAAACUAUCAGCAUUGUUGAAAGUGCAUCUGUUGAAAAUACUGCCAUACCUGAUAUAAUUGCUUCAGAAAAGUUGGGGACGCGCUUGCCUGAAGUUACAAAUGUGCCAGUAUCAGCUCCAACGGAUCUAUCAUUAAAACAAGAUGAAGAUAGAGAUUUACACUUAUCAGUACAUAUCGAAGUUUCUGAAUGUCCAGAAAAUUUCAAACCCGAAUCUGAAGAUCAGCCAUUUAUUGGGUCGAGACCAGCGGUGCCACAAAGGACCUCAUGGUGGAGUUGCUGUGGUUUAUGUGAUGUAUUUACAGGCUCCAACCGAUAACUUUGCAUACAGUUUCUAUAUAUAGGGGAUGCAAAAGUCUUCAGAGGACGGGUGAAGGUUUAAACAGCCAGGGUGUUUACAGGAGCACGAUAGGAUAGAUGUCGAACUUGAUGAGCCCAGCCUAAGGUAGAUGAUAUUCUUGGAUGUAGAAGCUAGCAACAUGAAGACAUUCCCGUACUACAUGUCUUUUGUCUUACAGUGAGUUCUCUUUUCUUGGAGCGUAAUGUUCUCGAUUUUGCGUUAGUAAGAUGCUGCGCAAUUAAACUAUCAUAAAUGUUUCAAUUAUGUUGAUAAAUUAGUUAUCACCUUAUUUUCAUCAUUAUAUGACAUCUGCUAUAUUGCCUUAGCUGAAUGAACUCUCUCUCGACGUAUGCAUUGCGUUUCUAUCAUUCAUACAUGGUUUAGUCUUUUGUGGAAA